CUUUUUCUUCUCUGCUGUCCUUUUUUUCCCUCUCUCUCCCUCUCUUCUCUGGGGGUUGCAAAGGUAGUUCAAACCCCUCCAGUCAUCUCGGCUUAUCAGCCACAGGAGAUACAUUCCUCUGGGCUGCUCCCUUUAUAAGUCACUGCUGGCCGGGCGCCCGCCCGCCGCUCCGCAGCCUCCGCGCCGGCAGCGCUGCCCGCUCCGCGCUGGCCCCGCCAUGCCCUAGCCCGGGCCCGCUCACCCGCCCGCCGGGGGCCGCGCAGCAACUCGGGGAGGGUCGGCAGCGAUGGCACCCCCGCCCCCGUGCCCCGCCCGCCCCUGAGGGCGGCUGCUGCCGCCGGGAUGUUCAGCUGGCAUCGGAGCUUCACCCUGGGAACGCCCUGGAGGAGAGCAGGUAAGAAGAGCCCACCUGCUGAGGACAAAGUCGUGUUAACACACAUGAAGAUACUGAGCAAUGAAGGAAUUCAAAACCCAGGGUUAAUCCCAGAGGCUCCAGCUGACACAGCCUGCACAGAGGAGUUCCAUCUUCCUGGUGCCAGCGUCCCACCAGACUGCUUGGGAAGUCCUGAUGCAGCAGCCACGCCAGCAGAUCCAGACUGUGCGGAUGGCCCGGCAAGCACUGACUAUGUAGCCACCCUGCCUGACCUCAGCGCCUUCGAGUCCAAAUGCCGGCUCCACAGAUUCUCCAAAUUUGAAUCUGAGGACUCGGGGGUUGAGUUGCCAAGCGGUGCUAAUUCUCCAUCAACGCCUACGGGCUCAGAGAAGAGCUUUGUGCUUCACAGCAGAGACUCAUUUUGUGACUCGGGUGUGCUUAGCACCUCUUCUUCUCCAGAAAUUGACCAUCAGUUAAUGAGAACAUGUAAAGAACAUGCCAGAAAAGUUAGCCUGCAAGAUCCAGAGAGCAAAAAGCAAGCUGAUUGCUAUAGUCAGGAGGCAGAGGCUGUGCAGGAUCCUACAGCUUCCCUUAAAGACUUCAAUGACCCUCAGGAAGAAAGUACUGAUGAACAUUUUCACCAGGAUGACAAGCAGUCUCCAGAAAAGGAACCUACUGCAGAGAUGGACCUUUCCAGGGAAAGCACUCUUUCCACCCCAGGUCCCGUAGAACAGCCAAAGACAAUUGCUGACAAUUUUCCAGAGAAUUUUGGCAGCAUGCAAGACCUUCAGAUCCAUGAACAUCAGCUGAAGAAGUACCCCACAAGUGACAGCUUGGAUGAAUACAUGGAUGAAUGCUGUAGGCUGAGUGAGGUGAACCAAAGUAACAGCAAAGCCCUGGGAUCUGGUCUGGGAUACCUAGAACACAUCUGCCAACUGAUUGAGAAGAUUGGGCAGCUUCAGGAGCAUAACCUGCGUCUCCAAAAACAAGUGUGCAGCUUGCAGAAAGAGCAGAAGAUGAGUCAGAUAAAAGAGGAAUACGUUCUGCAGCAUUGCUACUGUGGAGCUGCCAGUAUCUUUCUUAACUCAUAUCAAGACAUGAAAACAAAUUUUGCUGGGAGGAGCAGACCUCACAGCCUCUUGGUUCAGACUGGAAACCCUUCUGAUCUUUCCAUCAUCCCAGAAAUAGGAGCGAACACCGAGAAGCUAAGCAGCUGCAAUGGAAGUGAGAGAUACCUGGAAUCAGGAAAGAGCCAGCCAAUGAUGGGGCUCAGGAAGUCAUCAAACAAUAGGAACAACAAGGAGAAUGAAUUCAGAGAAGUUGGAAGUAUGGCUGAGGGACAGGUUUUUCUGUCAAAGGACCCUGCAGUAAGAAAGGCUCUGGACGUCAGCAAGAACAUCUCGGGUGAGAGCCAUGCUUGGAGGAGAAUGAGAGAUCUGAUGAGGAAGACAAGGUUGACAAACCAGAACAAGCUGGGGCUGUCCUCUGCUGCUCUGAAGAGGUCCUGCCCACAGUUGUAUAGGCCAGAUAUUUUGUCUUCAGAGCUGAGGAAAACUGAGAGGAACUCCAUGAUUGUUCUGGGACAAAAUACAAAGAACGAAAACUUAUGGCCUUUCUGAUAACUUGAGUCAAAUGGAGCAAGGUAAAAAAGUCAAGGCAAGAACACCAAAGGACACAAAAUCAAGAAUCCCAGGGUUACUCUGUGCAAUCUGCAUCCUACAAUUGUCAACAGAGCAACUCUGAAUUGAGUGUUGGAAGGGAAAGAGGGAAGGGGGAUGUUGAGAAGGGUCUGUGGGCAGAUACAUGCUCAACUAUGUAUGGCUUUACUCCUGAAUCUGAAGUGUACUUUAUAAAGUCAAGCCACAGAUGAAAAUUGCUGUUAGCAUCUUGGCAACACAAGCAACAGGGACCUUUAAGAUUUGGAAAUUCUUCCUCUUCUCUGGAUUGGGAACAGAGUUACCUGAAACACCGAAGUUUUAAAACUAUCAUUACUUUCUGGGGACUUCUCCAGCUGAAAUAAACAUUAGCUUUAUGGGACAUAGCAUCAUCUGGAGGAGUGCCAGAGACUCAUUGCCCAGGGCAGAGGUGGCUGUUGAAAGGACAGCCUCCCUCCUCUGGGAACCUGAUUUACAGUCUCUGUCCCCAGCACAGUUCCUCCCUUCAGAGCAGCCUGUAGCCAGCUGUGCCAUUUCACUGGAAUCCAACAGGAAAACAAUGUAAAGCUAAGGUCAUUCCUGAAUCCACUACUAGCCUCCUGUCCUGCGGGCCUGCUCCUUCUGCAGAGGUCCCUGGACUCUGGUGCUAUCCUGCACAGAGGUUGGCAUUGUACACACUCAAUGUAAAGAUCAGAGUAAGCAGCACUGCAGGAAUCAGCCUUUUGAGACCGUGGGGGGGCAUCCAGGGCAGCCUCUGCCCCAGCCAUUGUGUAAUCAUCUUUUUCCUCUUUUUUUGAUGGGGGACAGGACACCGGGCUUGAAUUCCUACUGUUAAGUCCCAUUGAAGUGCUCUGUGCAGGUGGGGGCCUGAGGCUGUAGGUGGAGCAGUCAUGCUGCUGUAUGGCUCUGCCUGCGCUCUCUCUACUGGGAAAAGUUGAGAACAAAGCUACAAGGGAAAGAAAUUAAAAUACAUCCUUUAUAAACUAGUGCUCUUUUUUGGGAUACACUUAACUGUGAAACACCAUGACUGUGUGUGGUGGCUGCCUUAUUGCCACAUGUACACUGCUUCCUGACUCAAGGAACAGGCAGUGCAUGCUUCUGAACGUCCCAUGGUUGCAGAGGUCUCUUAUUGGUACUAGCAAAAUAAUUAAUACACAUGGAGUAAAGAUUUAAGUAAACAAACAUAGCCUCUUGAUAAAGGAUUGUUCUACUCCAUAAAUUAUAAUAUAAUUACAAGUCAAGCAAUUGCUGAUUAAAAAUCCCUCCCCAACCCCAACUUGCCUGAGAACCAAGAUUUGACAAGCUGGCAGGAAUGAUCAGCUUCAGCAUGCUUAGUCUUUCCAUAACAGAUGUUUCUCCUUUGGUCAUCCACAUCAGCUGGAACCAUUGAAGUCCUCCAAACCAGAACAGGAUCUUUUCUGGGAUUCAGAGCAUCUCAGCCAUGCCAUUUCAGGGCCAGUAUAGUUGGCAGGGAUGAGUGAGGGCAGGGUUCAAGUACUCAGAAGGAUUGCUACUGUCGUUACUUAGUAUCUCAAUAAAACCCCACAAACACAAUGACCAAACCCCACAACCCAAACCCAAAUCCCCAUUAAAAAGAAAAAAAAGGCUGUGCUGACUCAAGGUUAGCACCCUAAAGUAGGUGCUGUGUUUAAUGUUUCAGCUGUAGUUGCUGCUGCAGGACUUGGUUAUUCACUGGAUAUCUUGCUGGCUUCAUCCAAAGCUAGAGAGAUUUAUGACUUGAUUAUUCUGUGAAUAUUCUGUAUAUAUCUCCACAAAUACAGGGGGCAAAAAUCCUGCAUUAACUUACAUCCUCCAUUAUCCCUCCAACUUUUUUACAGUGACUGUACAGAAUGUGAAUCAGUGCAAACUGAAUUUAAAGUGUUUUAAGACAUGGCAUCAUGAACUGGUAUUUUCUACAACCCUCUCUAUUCAUGGUAUAAGUUUGUUGGGUUUGUUGUUUUUUUUUUUUUUUUAACUAAGAGAAACUAGCACUCUUCUUUAUUAUAGCAUUAUGUUAAAUAUGUUCAUGUAUUUUUCAGAAAGAAAUGUAUUUAUAAUGUGUAACAUACUGUAUAGUUCUUCACUCCAGGAUCCAUUGUAAUCCAAGCAUAAGAAAUUUAAUAAAAGUAUCACUGUUAUGGUAA